GAACGAGUCGAACGCAGAAUUAGGGAGCAGGCAGAGGCCGGCGCGGGGCUGUUGCUCAGCAGGCCGGGCCUGGCGUUGGGCCCCGGGCCUACCACCCGGGAACUCUGCGCCUGCGCCCGCCCGGCCGCGGCCCGCUCUCCAGGUCUCGGCUGCAGCGCGCCGCCUGGGUGUCUGGGCGAUCCAUGGGCAGCAGCGAGGGCCACGAUGACAGAUUACGGAGAGGAGCAGCGCAACGAGCUGGAGGCUCUGGAGUCCAUCUACCCCGACUCCUUCACAGGCAGAUGUCUCUCAGCUAUCCCUGUAUAGCUCCAGUCCUGUUCAUGUUCUCUCUCACCAGCAGUACAGCUGUGCUGUGAGGAUGUUAAGGGAGUGAGUGAAGAGGGGUUUGAGAGUGUCAUAACUGGCUUGAUUGCACAUUGAUCCAACCCUCCUAACAACUAGUCUUCCAAAAUAUAAAUGGACUCUCCUGAUACCACAUUCUCCUUCAGUAGUGCUUCACUUGACAAGGUCCUGCUAAGUAUUAUCAGAAAAUCCACCCAGCUUCACCAUUACUGUGACAUCGGAAGCUGGAGAAAAUGAUGAAACUGUCCAGACUACCCUCAAGUUUACAUACAGUGAAAAUUACCCAGAUGAAGCUCCCCUUUAUGAAAUAUUCUCCCAGGAAAAUCUAGAAGAUAAUGAUGUCUCAGACAUUUUAAAAUUAUUAGCAUUACAGGCUGAAGAAAAUCUUGGUAUGGUGAUGAUCUUUACUCUAGUGACAGCUGUGCAAGAAAAAUUAAAUGAAAUAGUAGACCAGAUAAAAACUAGAAGAGAGGAAGAAAAGAAACAAAAAGAAAAAGAAGCCGAAGAAGCUGAAAAGCAAUUAUUCCAUGGCACUCCUGUUACAAUUGAGAAUUUCUUAAGUUGGAAAGCCAAGUUUGAUGCAGAACUCUUGGAAAUUAAAAAGAAACGAAUGAAAGAAGAAGAGCAAGCAGGAAAAAAUAAAUUAAGUGGGAAACAGCUAUUUGAAACAGAUCAUAAUCUUGACACAUCUGAUAUCCAGUUCUUGGAAGAUGCUGGAAACAACGUGGAGGUAGAUGAGUCUUUGUUCCAGGAAAUGGAUGACUUGGAGCUGGAAGAUGAUGAGGAUGACCCAGACUACAAUCCUGCUGAUCCAGAGAGUGACUCAACCGACUAAUGGACUGUCUCCAUCUGCAGAGAGGCUUGACUGCCACAGCAUCUGUGGCUAUGCUGAGAGGGCUUUGAUUUUCCUUUCUUUUUUUCUAAGAAAAAAUAAUUUUCAGGAGAAUAUUCUUCUGAUAGCUUUCUUCAUUGAACUUAAUAAACUGAUCUUAAAAUUUCAAAUA